AUGACAUCUGUCACUGCCGGUUUCCCUGUAGGAGGAGCUCAGGGCUCGAAAGCUUCAUUACAAGACGCUCCAGGGCGAUCAUACGAUGAUGGCAUGUACCAUCUUGGUAAUGCUCGACCGGUAGUCGUUGCAGAUCCUCUCAGUGAACUCAGUAAUGCAGAGACGAAGCCAAUCGCAACCGCAGACGCAACCCCAAACCUGCUUGCCGCGCAGGGAUGGACCGAACCUGGAAUGCUUCGUGGACCAACAACAGACACCACGGUGGACAUGGAACCGGCGGCUGUAAAACCCGCCGUUCUUCCUGCGGAUCCGCCGCUGGAUCUGCGAAAAGGGCAUUUCGACGAGCCGCUUCGAAUUGUUGCCAGUAUGUCCACCUCGACGACCGCGUCUUCAUCAACCACAUCCUCGACCAGCUCUUUCACCUCGAUGAUCAGCACCACCCUGCAUACCACCUCAAUACCGACCACCACGCAGGCUCCGUCUACCACCCGCGUCUCCCAUCCCACCUCCACCCCAGCCUCCGCGGCCACUCACGCGGGCACGUUGACUCGCGGCGCCCAAGCCGGCGUUGUCAUCUCGGUUCUGAGCCUCGCAGCCAUCCUGAUCGGGGUGAUCUUCUGGCGGCUGCAUCGCAAGAAGCGGGCUCUGCAGAUGUCCAUCCGAGGGGAGAAGCUCCCUCCCCCGCCGGAGAAGCCGAAUCCGGUGUACCGAUUCGCGUCAAAUCUCUACACAAGCAGCACAUCGACGCUGGUCAACGUAGCGGAGAUGUUCAAGGCGUCCAACCGGGACAAAGUACCGUCCAUCAACGACGGAAGCAGCAGCAUAUACUCGACCAACCAGACACAAAGCAAUCUGUUCACCUCGUACCGGGCCCAGCUCUGGAAGCAUCGCGCGCACACCGCGGCGAGUCGCGCGCGCCUGGCCAGUUCCUCGACGGUGCACCUCAUCGCGGACAAGGCCAGGUCAUUACGAGGCAAAAAACCGACCCCCGACAGGCGGAGCCGCUGUUCGCACGGCUAUGCCUUUGCGCAGGAGUUCCAGCACGUGCCCCCACCGCAGCCGACGCGUCUGCAAAAGAUUGUCACCGAUCUGUGCGCUAAUGGGUCCUCGACGGUCCGAACCGUGACGGCGAGGUUCAAGGCGCAGGCUCAGCCGCAGCCAAAAGACAACGCGUCCUCGAUGUGGAGCACCAUGAGCAGUCGCAACCCGUACUCGGGAGACUACGAUGCGCACCAGUUUCAGCCUCCUCCAUGCAACAUCAGCGAUAGUCUGGACCUCGUCAAGGUGCGGAGUGUCUCCUCUGGCACUGUCGCCAUGAGCAACCCCGCGGAGAUCAGCGUCGACGCGCUGGCGGGACGUAUCUCGGGCGAAGGAGAGCACCCCCACCAGGAGGCUGCCCGGGAAUCAAGCCCCUCGCCGUCGCAGUCCACCACAGCUCCAUCCCAAACGCCGCGCCAGCGGCAGUCACCGCCGCCGCCCGAGUUCGCGAGGGAGGCAAGCCCCGCGGAGUCUGGGCGAGCCCCGUCGCACACGCAGCUGGAGGUGCCGUCGGUGAAACUGUGGACAAAGCAGGUGUACCGGGUCGAAAUGGACUUUGCACCCCGCAGCGACGGCCAUCUGCACGUCAGCGACGGCCAGAUGGUUCUCCUCGAGCAGAUCUUCGAUGAUGGAUGGGCACUGUGCACCCUGACCGAAACCGAAACGCAAGGCCUCAUCCCGCGCGCCUGUCUCUCCACCUGGCCGAUCAAGGAACGCCGCCAGUAUGCGUCCAGCAGCACCGCCUCGGAGCGGACCCCGAGCAGCGCGACGGGCGCCUCUCCCACAGACUCAACAUCCCUCCGGUUCUACCGGCAACACUCCCGACCGGGGACUCCAAAGCCAGGCCCCGAGUCCAACCCGCCGAGCGUGAAGAAGCAGUCGAUCUCGCCUUCGCUGUCGACCGUCUUCCGCCCAUAG